AUGUAUAUCCUGACUCUCGACGAUCCCUUACAAACAACGCUUCGCGAUCACGACCUAGUUCUCGAGAACUUCUUCCUGUAUAUGCAGCGUUAUGCGCCCGUGAAGCCUGUGAAGCCCGUGAAGGCGGACUAUUGCUCCCCCGCGUUGCUUAGCAUGGCCAAUCUCUGGAGGCUGCACCGUCGCACAGUGCCGUACCUCACGCAUGUGUUAGCGGACGAGAGGAAGGAGGAGGGUCUCGACAUGUCCCUGCCCUGGUUCUGGGGUCCGAGCCCGAACAUCGUCAAGAAUCCCCAUUUGAACCAGGCGAGGUUGGAGGCCGUGGAGACAGUGAGAGGCCAUAUCGAAACGAUGCGACUCGGGUUCCCAACGCAGAGCAUGCUCGAAUAUGUGCUCUUGCCCGCGGCGGUCUGUGCGGAGAUGCGGCAGGCCGAGGAGGCAGAGGGCAAAGGAUACGGACAAGGCCCCGAUGAGAUCGUUAUCCUCCCAAAGGACCUCUUCUGGGGCGCGCACAUUCUCAUGGUUCUUGCUCGGCAUAUGAGAUGGGACGAAGGUCGCUUCCGGAGGUAUUUUCUCAACAAAGGCAAUCCAUAUGACGACAGAACAGUGUUCGGGGAGAACGAGGCCAAGAGACUAUCCGACGCGCUCUUGGAAAGGGAGAAGUGGGUAACGCGGCGCUUCGCAAGGGCGUGGAAUCGGAUAGAGGAUGAAAAGGAGGGGUAA